AUGACUGCCACAAAUACUUCUGUUCUUGUUCUUCUUGAUCCUAACGAUCACCAUCAACAAUUCGAUGGUAAUUAUGAUGCACAAUUAUUUUCUCGAUUUACUGAUAAAAAUCGUUGUGUAUUACAUGUAUUAUCUCGUCUUGCACAUGUUGGUUUACUUCAUUUCUUUAUACCAAAUGCUGAAAAUACUUUAAUUAAUGCACGAGUUACUUUAUUUAAAAAUACAAUAUUUUAUAUUUAUUGUAUUGAUGAAGGAAGUGUUAUAGCAAUGAAAAGAACAUAUAAUUAUCCAAUGUUUGUAAAAAUCUUUCAUGUUCAAUGGUUAUCAACAUAUAUAUGUCAGGCAGCUAUUGCACAUUUAGUUGAACGAGCUGAACGUACACAACAUGAUCCUGAAGAAUAUGAUACAUCAUUACAAGUAGCAGCUGAACUUGCAAAUACAUUAGCUAAUGAACUUAAUGAAUAUAUGAUUGUGAAAACUGGUUUACAACCAGAAGAUCGUAUAUGA